AUGGAUCUUCCAUCACUCUUAUCCUUCAAAGAAAAGUUCCUUGGUCAUUCCGUUUUUAAACGUCAGCCGGCCCCUUAUUGUCAUCUCCCACCCUUUUCAAAGACCUGGGAUAAUUUGCAAAGCGUAUGGUGCAAACGCUUCCUAGAAGAGAUUGCACAUUUGGAAACUAACGUGAAAGAGAAGUAUUUUUCUCGACAGAUUAAACGUGAAUUUAAAGAUAUUGAGUACUUUCGGAUGUUUUGGACAUCAAUAAUCCUUCAUCGGAAGAAUGAAAUAAGAGAAAUGGAAAAUGAAAUAACUAAGGAACAGAGUAAUGAGAACACUAGAAGUUUCAUUGAGCAGUUUGAAUCUUCAUACAAAGGACUUGAUGACGAAAAAAAGUGGAUACUGGGAUCUGGAAACAAGGUUGAAGACAUCAUCUACAAAUAUGGAUCAAAGCUCAAAUACGAAAAUUUGGUUCAUUCAUUUGUUCUAGACACUGAUGAUAAAAAGAUUCGUGACCUCUUCUCUGCAAAUGAAUGGAACGAGAUUCUCGAGAAAAAUUCUAAAAAAUCGCCAAAAAUCGAGCCUGAUCUUCUAUGUUACAUAACGCAGUACAGAAAAGCACGUAUUUCGAAAAAGUUAUUUACGAAUGUAAAAGAUCUUCGAAAAACGGUCAGCAAACUGUGUGAAAAAACUGUUUAUGAUGUGGAAGAACAGUUCGACUAUAUAUGGAUUAGGAACUGCAUAAGUAAUUUGUUGACUCUGUAUGAAAUAAAACCGCGUGUUUUUGAGAAAUCGCAUCUUGAGCGGUGGUAUGACACAAACAUCUGGUCAUCAAUUAUCGAUCAAUGUAUGUGGAACUUGAAGGACGUGGAGCUCAUCAGGGGAGAAUCUUGUUCUAUUGCUAGUAGUGAGCGCAAAGCAAAGAAUAGAAUUAUGCAAGAACGUAAACCGUUCGGUCGCCGUGGUGAUGGAGUGUUCCGCAUGGAAAAAGGUCUUUGUGAAUAUGGUGCUGCGGAGCAUGGACAUCUUUUUAAGGGUGAAAAGGAUAAGAAAUUUAUGUCAGAUGGUUUCAAGUUGACUAGAAUGCUACGAGACAUGUUGGGAAGAUUUUCAGCGGAGUUAAGUACAGAAGUAUUUAAGCAAAUCGAGAUGGUUGGAUAUUUGCAUUCGGAGAGAAUGUUGCAGAUAUUCGCCCUUGACUAUGCAGAAGGGUAUAUGAUACGCCUACGAAAAGGAGCCCUAUUAGAAGUUCCCAAGGAACCGGUGGAAAUUGACAAUCUGUUGAAGCUGAUGACGGCUGUGUUAUCAAGCAAGCUACGAAUAGCUCGCACAAUUUCCCUGUUGAAAACUCCUGAACAAUCAAAUGAUCUCGAAUUUGCUGGAGAGUUGUCAACUGCUGGCAAAAUUGAACGCUUUUGCUCCAAUAAUAGAAUCCUAGAUUUACCAGAUCCGCCUUCAUCCCCACCCUCGUCCUCAUCUUCAAAGAAACACAGUUCUGAUACCAAGAUGACAAAGAAAUCUAAGAAACGCAAACCAUAA